AUGGACGGGGACUUGGGGGACGCGUCGUCGCUCGACGCAGUCGAGUACGAUCCGAUGGUCCAUCUCAACCUCCUCUUCUCCCACCCAUCCGCCGCGGCCUCCAUCAGCCAGGCGUCGCAGACGCUCGCGGCGAGGCAGAAUCAGCUGUCAAGCGAGAUUGGCACUCUCGAGGCGGUGCAGGCGUACAAGCCCGACUCGAGCCUCGAGCGGAUGCAGUCGGCGCAGUCGGAGCUGGCGCAGCUGUUCCGCAAGAUCGAGACGGUCCGGUCGCGGGCGAUAGAGACGGAGCAGAACAUCACGUCGAUGACGGCCGACAUCAAGAGGCUCGACGGCACGAAGCGCAACCUGACGCUCAGCAUGACGGCGCUGAAGCGGCUGCAGAUGCUGACGACGGCGUACGAGCAGCUCCGGGUGCUGGCCAGGACGAGGCAGUACCGCGAGUGCGCCGGCCUCCUGCAGGCCGUCAUCCAGCUCAUGAAGCACUUCAACAGCUACAGGAGCAUCGAGCAGAUCGCGACGCUCAGCCGAGAGGUGUCGGAGCUGCAGCGGGAGCUCCUCGAGCAGGUCUGCGAGGACUUCGAGCUCGCCUUUGCCCGGGACGAGACGGCCGCCAACAAGGGCAACCUGAUGGAAGCCUGCCUCGUCAUGGAUGCCCUGGGCGACUCGGCCAAGUCUCGGAUGAUGCACUGGUACGUCAACACGGAGCUGCGCGAGUACCGGCAGGUCUUCCGCGGCAACGACGAGGCGGGCAGCCUCGACAACAUCGGCCGGCGGUAUUCCUGGUUCAAGCGCAUGAUACGGACGCACGAGGACGAGCACGCGAUGCUGUUCCCCCCCCACUGGAGGGUCAAUGAGCUGCUGGCCACGGCCUUCUGCGACGGCACCCGCGACGACUUCAAGGGCAUCCUCGAGCGGAGCAUGCGCCGCGGCGACGGCGGCAAGGUCGACGUCGGCCUGCUCCUCAGCUGCCUGCAGGAAACGCUCGACUUCGAGCAGAGCCUGGACAAGCGCUUCUCCACAAACGAACGGCGCGAGAGCAUCGACACGCUCAGCUCGAUGGAGGGCAAGACGCACAGCUUCAACGGGCUCAUCUCGGUCGCCUUCGAGCCGUACCUCAGCCUGUGGGUGGAGUCGCAGGACAGGCAGCUCGCGACCAUGAUGCCCAAGUACCGGCUCCAGCCGCCGCUUCCGCCGGACGACGAGUUUUCGCCCCAGGCCGUCAUGACGUCGGCCAUCGAGCUCUUCCACUUCUACAAGCUUACCCUGUCGCAGUGCGGCAAGCUCUCGACCGGCGACCGGCUGCUGGACCUGUCCAGGACGCUGGCCAAGUACCUGGACGAGUACGCGCAGCAGGUGCUGCUCCACACGCUCCAGACGAGCGGCACCGUCAUCCACGACGUCGUCUUGGUGCUGAACACGGCCGACUUUUGGCACCUCAACACGAACCAGCUGGAGGAGAGCAUCAAGAAGCGCAUCGACGGCGAGCUCGCGCCCAAGGUGGACCUCUCGCUGCAGUCGGACGCCUUCCUCGGCGUGGCCAGCGCGGCGGUGCUGGCGCUCGUGCGCAUCGUCGAGCGCGACUGCGAGGCCGUCUGGCGAGAGAUGAAGAACACGAACUGGAGCACCAUGGACGGCGCCGGCGACGAGAGCUCGUACGUCGGCGAGCUCGUGAAGCACGUCGACGGCAAGACGGGCGAGAUCCUGGCCGUGCUGGCGAAGCAGCAGUACGCGAGGGCCUUUUGCGACAACCUGGUGGAGAACCUCGCGACGAGCUACACCAACAGCAUGGUGCAGUGCCGACCCAUCUCCGAGGUCGGCGCGCAGCAGAUGCUCGUGGACAAGUACGCGCUCACCAAGUCGUUUGAGAAGCUCAUGUCGCAGCACGGUGCGCAGCAGGCCCCCUCGUCGGGCUUCGUGCGGAGGGUCGAGCACUCGAUGAACCGGAUAGACCCGCUGCUAAAGACGCUGCAGGUCCGCGCGGCACCGCCCGAGGGACUCGUGCAGGCCUACCUCAUCCACAUAGGGGACCGGUCCGACGUCAAUUUCAAGAAGGUUCUGGAGCUCAAGGGCGUGAGGAGGCAAGACCAGGCGCACCUGGUCGAGCUGUUCGGCAUCCACCGCGAGAGCGGCGCCAACGAGAGGCUCGUGCAGAGCUCGCCCCUGCUGACGCCUCUCAUGUCGACGGGCAUCGCCGGCGCCGGCGGCGUCGUCAUCGGCACCGCCGGCGCCGGCUCGGGGCUCGGGGUCAUGAACCCGGCGGCCAGCCUGGGCGUGGCGGCCGGCGCUCGCUUCGACGCCGGGUCGCUGGGCGAGAAGCUGCUGAGCGCCGCGCGGGACAUCGGGACGAGCACCGGGGCCGCGGCCGAUCGAGGAGGGCCCACGGGCUCGGAGAAGGCGACGAUCAACGAGAACCUGCGCAGCUUCGGCAAGUUCUUCAAGAAGGACUUUGGCGGGCUCGGCGUGCGAUUCGGCAAGCGGGACGGCAGCGUCGGACCCUCCGAGGAUGGGCAUCGGCGCUGA